AAGUGGUUCUCUCGAUCAAUUUACAGGAAGGAAUUAAAAAGAAUAUAUAUGAUGUAGAAGUUAAUGAAUAAUGGAUGAUUGAAAAUGGAAAACUAAACAAGGUGUUUUUAGUCAUUUCAACAUAACCCAGUGUUGGCUUUUGUGAUAAAAACAAAUUUAAUUUCUGUGUAUUGUCAUACAAACAAGGGAAGGGUGUGGAUGUGAAUUAAGAUUGUAACAUAAAAUCAGAUUCAGUUGUUAAUUGUAUGGGGAGACGGUCGGCAUAAUGGGGUACCAAAUAAAGACGCGCCAACUCAUCCACAACACCCUCCUCGCAUGUCCUCUUGUGUAAUUAGACAGUGUGUCAUUUUGUGUACAAAUUGGUGCUCUACCUUUUACGUGUUUCACUCAAGAUGGAGACACAAGAAGAGAAUAUCCACCACCUGUUAAGGAGGAUUCAGGACCUAGAACACGCCCAUGCUCACCUCCAACACACCAUCAGCAUCUAUCAGCAAAACCUGUCACAAGAAGAAGCUCACUGUUUCAAUAUAUUUCAGUCAAUCAAUGAGCCAAUCCAUAUAACCGAUGCCAAAGGUUUCGUUAUUUACAGGCGAGUCAUUUCAAUCCUUUUUGCCAACUGCAAGCAAUGUUGUUGUUGUUUUGAUAUAUAUUAAUGUUAACUGCAUGUGUAGGAACCCUGCUUGGGAGAGGCUGUAUGGUUAUAGUUUGGCCGAAACUCUAGGAAAACACCUGGUUGAGCUUACUAUAGGACCUAAGGAAGCCGCCAUAGCUAACACUUGCCUUGACCAAAUUUUCAAGGGGGCCUUCCAUGGUGGGGAGUUUGUUAUUACAAAUAAGAAAGGAGAAAAAUUUCUUUCUUUCAGUUCAUCUACCCCUCUUUGUGAUCAAAAUGGCAAUAUCAUCGGCAUGACAGGCAUAUCCGUCAUUCCAACCCCAUUUCCACAAAUAAGCCCCCAACCCAAAGCUGAUGUGCCUACAUAUAUGGCUACCUCCAAAACAGAUGUCCCCAGUAUGCUUCGAAAUGGAUUUUCAUGCCCAUGGAAUGGAAAUCCACCUUCUCGUUCUAUCUGGCAUUGGUUAUACCACAGUGAUCAAGAACACGAGUAUAUCCUAAAUACGAUGCCUGCAAAAUUAGAAAGUAAAUCAUGCUUCAACACCAAUACUUUAAGCCAAUGGUCUUCUUCAUUUGACAAAGUAUAUGAAAUCAAAUGGGAGGACUUGCUCAUUAGAGAAUGUAUUGGGAGAGGUUCGUAUGGUAGACUCUAUCAUGCAUUGUGGUGUGGAUCAGAUGUUGCUGUCAAGCUAUUUCAUAAGCAAGAAUACUACUCACAUGAUUUGAUCCUUUCUUUUAGGCAGGAGGUAUCUGUGAUGAAAAGGCUUCGGCAUCCAAAUAUUUUGCUCUUCAUGGGUGCAGUAAUUUCACCUCACCACGUAUGCAUCGUUACUGAGUUCCUUUGCCGUGGAAGUUUGUUCCAGUUACUUCACCGAAGGAGAGUCAGAUUUAAUAUGAAACAUCAUGUUCAUAUGUCCUUGGAUAUAGCACGAGGCAUGAAUUAUCUUCAUUGCUGUCUCCCGCCCAUCAUACAUUGUGACCUGAAGUCUUCAAAUCUUCGUGUGGAUAAGACUUGGACAGUGAAGAUUGGUGACUUUGGUUUGUGUCGUCCAAAGCAUGGAAGGAAGGAAGGGACAGGAUCGCCUCCGUGGAUGGCACCAGAGGUUCUUCGUAGUGAGGAAGCAGAUGAAAAGUCGGAUGUGUAUAGCUAUGGUGUGGUACUGUGGGAAAUGACCACGGAAAAGAUCCCUUGGGAUGGUCUUACCUCAAUUCAGGUUAUUGAGGCUGUAGGGUUCAUGAACCAAGGGCUCCAUAUUCCAAACGAUGUGGAUCCACAAUGGGCUUCUCUUAUUCGAAGAUGCUUGUGCAGUGAACCGGACUCCAGGCCAACAUUCCAAGAAAUAUUAGAUGACUUAAAGGAGUUGCAGAAAAAUAUCCCACUGCAACUUGAUAACAACAAUCACUAAAAGUGUUAGUUAGUUAGUUAGUGCAUACA